GAAUAUCUGAGUGAGAAGAAACCGGCAUCUGUAAAUUCCUGCUCAAUUGACCGGCAAAUGAUUGGUCCCAAGCAUUCUCCACCACGUAUGAUUCUAUCCUCGGUCCACAGCGCUCCUUAAAUCUGGUACCACAACAUACUUGCUCUUCCCUUGUGUCAACAUAGCUGUAAUGAGAUAUGCUAACUUCUCCUCCACUGUGACUAUAUGGCUGUCACUGCUAUCGUCGUAUGCUGCCAUCGGUACCAACGUUAAUAUUACUGUGGACGAUUCCGAUCCUUCUAUACUUUAUCAACCCCAGGAGCAUUGGUUCACGAACACUGAAUAUUGUGCAACAUGCUUUCAACCAGAUGCAACUCAUGCAUUUAACAAUUCCUAUCACCUUGGCAUUCAUAAUAUUAGUCUAGAUACAGACGACUUCGCCCAGGACAAUACACUCAGUGGGCACCAUGCAGAAUCUAGGAAAGGCGAAAACGACUAUUAUGAUCACGUCAAGAACCAGGAAAAGAGACGAGAGACGCGAAUGCGGAGGCUAGAUUCUGAUGAUCCUGGGUUUGUGGACUCCACCGUCACCGCUCAGUUCAACUUUAACGGGAAUGCGGUUUAUCUUUUCUGCGUUGAGCCUUUGGCCACGACCUCCCCUCCAAUAACUCCAAGUACCAUGAAUCUUACGUUCGUUCUGGACACCACUUUGUCCGGCUCUUUCGUCCAUGUCGGCUCCUCGUCUACUUCUGGAUUUGCCUCGAAUGUAUCUGUGUUCUCGGUAGAAGAUUUGGAUGACGGGCCGCACGUUCUUUUAGUAAACGUGUUGCCUAAUUCAGUGUUCGUGUUCGACUAUUUGGUAUACACAGUCAAUGAGCAACUAUCAUCGCCUUCUUCUACUUCAAAUACAAUGAUGCCCACUGCAAGAGCUAACACCAAGGAUGCGAACCACCGUAACAUCGGAACGUUCGCUGGUGCUGUGGGAGGAAGCGUCGGAGUCUUAGGCACUUUGGCGUUGUGUAUAUUUCUCAGCAUUUGGACCCGACGACGCAGAUCUGCCAAACGAGAGAGGCUCGAGCAAGCCAGAGAGCGUGAACUUGCAUCCGCCAGAAAUACACCUCCAAUAAUAGGACCUGCUCCUUUCAUUCCCAGAUAUUUCCCAAGAAUAGGGCCUGCUGCCCCUCCCCCUUAUAUUGGCCCCACACACAAUGUCCGGGACACAUCCUUCUUUCACACCUCUUCGCCUCCCUCUCCCAAUCUUCCGCCGCUUUACCCUCAGCCGGUUGCUUCAUCUAUUCCGCUAUCUUAUGCAGACAUCCCCCCAUCAAUACCGCCUCCCCCGCUGUUGGAUGAAGUGGAAGCUCAUUGGAUCGCGCUUCCUCCUUCUCCGCCUCCGCCUUUCGGGGAAACGAUAGGCAACUCGGCUUCCACUGCGGAUGUCACAGAAAUUACAUCACCUCUUGAAGUAGAGGUACCCACUCCCACGAACGCUCACGAUAGGACCGCGUCAACUACCGCUUCCCAUCAAGAACCUGGCGUUGACACAGUCACGGAAGACCCCGGCGUACCCACUUUGAUUGCCCCGGGGUGAGAAUAUGAGCUCUGCAGUUUGGGUGGUCAGAAUUACACACAAAAAUAUUCAAAGGCGGUGUUGAAAUAUUUAGCGAGUUUUGCCUUUUCAUCAUGUGGAGCAAAUCUAUCUUACGCCACUUUCCGUACUGUGGACUGAAAUCUAUCGCUUCAUAUAACUACAUCUAUCAGGAACAAUAUGAGAUAUGAGCUCUCAAGUCUAAAGCCAACAACCUGAGUAAAAUCAUAGUGGUGACUGAAAUUUUCCGACAAGCCUUAAGAUUGCUUUUGGCAGUUGACAACCAGCCUAGCGGAGACACCAGAGACUCUGUAAGCUUCCGUGAGUCUCUACACCACCAAUGCGGAAAAUUCCUCGACUGGGGCUCCUAAAAAUUUGAAGGUAUAACGAAUAUCACACCAGAUCGGACCCCAGAGUACAUGGAUUCGUCGAAGGUUCCCCACAAACGCAGGAAAACUAGAUCAUA